CAGCCGAACUCUCCACAUUUGAUUUCUUCUCGGAGAAAGAUGCCUCUUUUGGGGUUUUGCUUCUGUUUUUCCCCCAUUUUUUCUUAAGUCUGUUAAGUCUAUCCCUCUCUCUCUCUUUUUUUUUUUUCUUUAACGCUUUAUUGCAGCAGGGUAAUUAAGUACCACUAAGAAAGCUCUGAUCAGAUCAGUCUUUUUUGCAACCUCUGGGUUUGCAUGGAGAUGCCAAGCGAGAACCCGGUGCCAAUGCGCGGCUCGGACCGUCAGCCUCCUCCAGGUCACGGACAGCGCGGAGCUGCGCUCUCCUCUGCUGCCACCGAGAAGCGCCUGAUCAUGUCCGGCUCAGGUUCAGUGCUUUUACCGGGUGGAAUGAUCAACCCUGCGGUUCCCAUCCGGAAUAUCAAGAUGAAAUUUGCUGUUCUCAUUGGACUCAUUCAGGUCGGCGAGGUUUCCAACCGAGAUAUCGUGGAAACGGUGCUCAAUCUGUUGGUGGGUGGUGAGUUUGACCUGGAGAUUAACUUCAUCAUUCAGGAUGCUGAGAGCAUUGGAUGUAUGAUGGAGCUGUUGGAACACUGUGAUGUCACCUGCCAGGCUGAGAUCUGGAGCAUGUUCACUGCCAUUCUUAGAAAAAGUGUUAGAAACCUGCAGACAUGCACUGAAGUGGGGCUCAUUCAACAGGUGCUGCUCAAAAUGAGCUCAGUGGAUGACAUAAUUGCAGACUUGCUGGUGGAUAUGCUGGGUGUUUUGGCCAGCUACAGCAUCACAGUGAACGAACUGAAGUUGCUUUUCAGCAUGCUGCGAGGGGAAGGAAGCCUUUGGCCAAAGCAUGCAGUCAAAAUGCUGUCAGUGUUAAACCAGAUGCCCCAGAGACAUGGUCCAGAUGUGUUUUUCAACUUUCCUGGUCGCAGUGCAGCAGCAAUUGCUUUACCUCCUAUUGCAAAGUGGCCUUAUCAGAAUGGGUUUACAUUCAACACUUGGUUCAGGAUGGAUCCGCUGAACAAUAUCAACGUAGACAAGGACAAACCAUAUCUCUAUUGCUUCCGCACCAGCAAGGGCAUUGGCUACUCUGCACAUUUUGUUGGGAACUGUUUGAUUGUCACAUCACUUAAGUCUAAAGGCAAAGGUUUUCAACACUGUGUGAAGUAUGACUUUCAACCCAGGAAGUGGUACAUGAUCAGCAUAGUUCACAUCUACAGUCGCUGGAGGAAUAGUGAAAUCAGGUGCUAUGUUAACGGACAGCUUGUGUCUUAUGGCGACAUGGCAUGGCAUGUCAAUACAAAUGAUAGCUAUGAUAAGUGUUUCCUUGGAUCCUCAGAGACAGCAGAUGCAAACAGAGUAUUCUGUGGGCAGCUUGGAGCUGUCUACGUAUUCAGUGAAGCUCUCAAUCCGGCACAGAUUUUUGCUAUUCAUCAGCUAGGUCCAGGCUAUAAGAAUACCUUUAAGUUCAAGUCAGAGAGUGAUAUCCACUUAGCAGAGCAUCACAAGCAGGUGUUGUAUGAUGGCAAAUUGGCAGGCUCCAUUGCCUUCACCUAUAACGCCAAGGCCACAGAUGCCCAGCUUUGCCUGGAGUCCUCCCCUCGUGAAAACGCCUCCAUCUUUGUGCACUCACCACAUGCCCUUAUGCUUCAGGAUGUGAAAGCCACAGUUACACACUCCAUUCACAGUGCCAUCCAUUCUGUUGGUGGUAUCCAGGUACUCUUUCCACUUUUUGCUCAGCUGGACUUUCAUCAGUCAAAGGACAGCCAGGUGGAAACAACGGUCUGUGCAACACUCCUAGCUUUUUUGGUGGAGCUACUAAAGAGUUCUGUGGCCAUGCAGGAGCAGAUGCUGGGAGGGAAGGGCUUCUUGGUGAUCGGAUACCUGCUAGAGAAAUCUUCAAGAGCUCACAUCACCAGGGCUGUGUUAGAGCAGUUUCUCUCCUUUGCAAAGUAUCUUGAUGGCCUGCCACAUGGAGCACCCCUGUUGAAACAGCUUUGUGAUCAUAUCUUGUUUAAUGCAGCCAUUUGGAUCUACACCCCAGCUAAGAUUCAACUUUCAUUAUACACAUACCUUUCUGCUGAGUUUAUUGGUACAGCUACCAUCUACAACACAAUCCGUCGAGUUGGUACCGUACUUCAGCUCAUGAAUAUGUUGAAAUACUACUACUGGGCCAUCAACCCCGCAGACUGCAGUGGCAUCACUCCAAAGGGCCUUGAUGGGCCGAGGCCAACCCAGAAAGAAGUAAUCUCUCUGCGGGCGUUCAUGCUUCUCUUCCUCAAACAACUCAUUCUGAAGGAUCGAGGUGUGAAGGAGGAUGAACUACAGAGCAUCCUCAACUAUUUGCUAACAAUGCAGGAGGACGAGAACCUGCAUGAUGUGUUGCAGUUGGUAGUAGCCCUCAUGUCUGAGCACCCAGCUUCCAUGAUCCCUGCUUUUGACCAGAGGAAUGGAAUAAGGGUAGUCUACAAGCUCUUGGCAUCAAAGAGUGAAAACAUUCGUGUACAAUCCCUCAAAGUACUUGGAUACUUUCUGAAGCACUUGGGACACAAGAGGAAGGUGGAAAUCAUGCACACACACAGCCUUUUUUCUCUGCUGGGCGAGAGGCUCAUGUUGCACACCAACACUGUGUCUGUUACAACAUACAACACCCUUUAUGAGAUUUUGACAGAGCAGGUUUGCACGCAGGUAGUUCACAAACCUCAUCCUGAGCCUGAUUCCACUGUCAAGAUUCAGAAUCCAAUGAUUCUCAAGGUUGUCGCAAAUUUACUGAAAAGCUCCGCCCCUGGCGCAGAACUAAUGGAGGUUCGGCGACUCUUCCUUUCAGAUAUGAUAAAACUCUUCAGCAGCAGUCGAGACAACAGGCGGUGUCUUUUGCAGUGCUCCGUAUGGCAAGACUGGAUGUUUUCUCUCAGCUACAUCAACCCCAAAAACUCAGAAGAGCAGAAAAUCACUGAAAUGGUGUACAACAUAUUCCGUAUCCUGCUUUACCAUGCCAUCAAGUACGAAUGGGGAGGAUGGCGUGUGUGGGUGGACACUCUCUCUAUAGCCCACUCUAAGGUGACAUAUGAGGCACACAAAGAAUAUUUGGCAAAGAUGUAUGAAGAGUACCAGCGUCAGGAGGAAGAGAAUAUCAAGAAAGGGAAGAAGGGUUUGGUCAGCACUAUCUGUGGUCUGUCUGCUCAGGCCUCGAGCAUCAAAAGUGUGAUUGAGAUUGGAGAAAUAGAUGAUAAUUCACAGACCCCCGAAAGUGAGGGAGACUACGAGAGUUCUGACUCCCACAACUUGCUGACCGGGACAAAAGGGGCUGAGGACAACUUCCAGGGAGCUGGGGAUGCAUUAGACGGGGUCAGAGUUGAAGUUCACGACCUUCUGGUGGACAUCAAAGCUGAAAAGGUGGAAGCUACAGAAGUAAAGAUGGAUGAUAUUGAGUUGUCUACUGAAACGCUGGCAAUGUCUGAGAAUGGGUCUCUGGCUGAAGUAGACUCUCUGUUGGACAAUGUUUACUGUGCUGCUGUGAAGAAGCUUGACAACAAUGUCAGCAGUAUGCUGUUGCCAAAGGGGAACAUGGAUAAUCAAAAUGCUGCACCUCUCAUUACAUUGGAUGACGAGAAGGACAACAUUCCGCACAGUCAAAAUUUUCUGUUUGGCAAGGUGACAAGCGGGUUAGCAGACAAUCUCUUACCUGAUUUGACUCCAGCUGAGCCUCAAGUCCUACCCAGUUCAGAACUUCCAUCUCGCACCGUUUCUAGAGAUGAAGUUAGCCUUCUGGCUCACAUGAAAGGUAGCUCCUUACCCAGCAUCAUGGAGAAGCAUGAGGUUGAUCUUAAAACAGUACUUGAAAGCAAGAACUCAGAAACUGAGACCUCUUCCAAAACCCAACUGACCUCUAAUGGGACAGCAGCACUUGAAGGGGAAGCCUUGGCUGCUGGUAACACCAAUGGUGCGCUAGAGUCAAGACGCAACACUUCUGAGGCUCCAAGGUUGGAUGAUGGGAAAGACAAGGAGAUGAAAAAGAUUCAGACAACAGCCACAACACAGAGUGUGCAGGGACGCCAAGUCUCUGAGAUGGAAAAGGACGUACGGGUGGACCUUGGCUUUAGGGCCAUUCCCAUUAUGGAGGAGCAGCGACAUCAGUUCAGCCCCGGUCCUCGCACUACAAUGUUCCGCAUUCCGGAGUUCAAAUGGUCACCCAUGCACCAGAGACUGCUCACUGACCUGUUAUUUGCUCUGGAGAGUGACGUCCAUGCCUGGAGAAGCAAUUGCACCAAAUCUGUCAUGGACUUUGUUAACAGUAAUGAAAACAUCAUUUUUGUCCACAACACCAUCCAUCUCAUCUCCCAAAUGGUAGACAACAUAAUCAUCGCCUGUGGAGGGAUUUUGCCCCUUCUUUCAGCGGCCACCUCUCCUUCUACUGUCAAGGCUGAGUUGGAGAAUAUUGAGGCAUCGCAGGGCAUGUCCUCAGAGACAGCCAUCACUUUCUUGUCCCGUCUCAUGGUGAUGGUGGAUGUUUUGGUGUUUUCAAGCUCCUUAAACUUCAGUGAGAUUGAGGCUGAGAAGAAUAUGUCCUCUGGUGGUUUGAUGCGCCAGUGCCUCCGACUGGUGUGUUGUAUGGCUGUAAGGAACUGUCUAGAGUUUAGACAGAGACAUAACAGGACGCAGGAAAUCCUUCAAAAUACUGUGACCUGCAAGAUAUCAGGGGAAGCUGGCCCUGCUAACCUUUCUCCAAUCAAAGAGCCUGACCGCCUUCUACAGGAUGUGGAUAUCAAUCGACUGCGAGCUGUUGUGUUUCGUGAUGUGGAUGACAGCAAACAAGCCCAGUUCUUGGCAUUGGCUGUAGUGUACUUCAUCUCUGUCCUCAUGGUUUCCAAAUACCGGGACAUCCUUGAGCCUGAAUGUGAGCCUGGCAAGAUGAGCUGCCAGUUAGGUCGUGGUGUACGUCAGGAGAUCAAUUCUCCCACCAGCAAAGAAACUCCUUUAUCAUUUCCAAGCAAUAAGGACAUGUUUUUGCCAUCUGACGACCUCUGCAUAGAAAGCCCCUUAACUCAUACAGACUCUGGGAUAAAAGAUGAGCAGGUAGCCAGCAUCCUUAAUGGGUCUGACCUGGAUCACAAAAUGGGAGGAGCUAGGGCUAUAAAUGAGCUCAUAUCCACACUUUCCUCUGAGGUAAAGAAGUCCCAGGAGAUCCUGUCUGAAUCCUCUAGUGUCGAAAUGAUCAAAUCGCCCUCCUCCGUCAUCAGCAUUAGUCAGUCCAAGAAGGGCAUUAAUGUCAAGGAGAUUUUGAAGAGCUUGGUUGCUGCCCCGUUGGAGGGCGUGGAGGCUGGGCUGGAGCCAGCGUCCUUCCCAGACUCUGCUGCCAAGACCCAGGCUGUGCUGCCGGUGCAGUUUCAGUCCUUCGACAGGAGUGUGGUGGUACCGGUAAAGAAAACCUCCCCUGGCAGCUUUGCAGUUAACACACUUGGAGCCAGCAGCACCAGCGCCUCACCUGGGCUUUUAAGUUGCAGCGCUCCCAACAUCUUUGCUGCUGCAUCUGCAACUUCGAAGAGCAUGAUUAACACCACUGGAGCCACUGAAGCAGCCUCUGCUUCUGCAUCAUCUUCCUCCAGUUUUGUCAAUGGAGCAACCAGUAAAAAUCUCCCUGCUGUGCAAACUGUGGCCCCCAUGCCUGAAGAUAAGGUGGAAAACAUGAGCAUUACUACAAAAUUAGAAAGAGCAUUGGAGAAGGUGGCUCCCUUGCUGAGAGAGAUCUUUGUGGACUUUGCUCCCUUUCUGUCACGGACUCUGCUUGGCAGCCACGGACAAGAGUUACUUAUUGAAGGUCUCGUAUGUAUGAAGUCAAGCACCUCAGUAGUGGAGCUUGUCAUGCUUCUUUGUUCUCAGGAGUGGCAGAACUCCAUUCAGAAGAAUGCUGGCCUCGCUUUCAUUGAGCUAAUCAAUGAAGGAAGGUUGCUGUGCCAUGCCAUGAAGGACCACAUUGUUCGCGUUGCCAAUGAGGCUGAAUUCAUCCUGAACAGACAGCGAGCUGAGGAUGUCCACAAACAUGCAGAGUUUGAGUCCAGCUGUGCCCAAUAUGCUGCUGACAGAAAAGAUGAAGAGAAGAUGUGUGACCAUCUGAUAAGUGCUGCUAAGCAUAGAGAUCAUGUCACAGCUAACCAACUAAAGCAGAAAAUUGUCAACAUCCUCACCAACAAGCAUGGCGCUUGGGGUAUACCAUGCCAGAGUGAGCUGCAUGACUUCUGGCGUCUCGAUUACUGGGAAGAUGACCUGAGGCGGAGGAGGAGAUUUGUCAGAAACCCUUUUGGCUCCACCCACUUAAAUGUAGCCUGCAAGUCACAACAAGAGUAUGACUUAAAAGAAGAAAAAGUGGUGAAGUCUAAGGUAGUUUUCCGGAGCCCAACUUUGGCCAGUCAGAACCAAGAGACAGAACUGGUCCUCGAUGGAGAAGAUGACAAUGUCAGCCUGCUCCAGGAGAAGGAGGUGGACAACGUUGGUGGCCCAGUGGUCCUGAGCAGCGCGGCCCAGCUUGUGGCCCCUGUUUUGGUCGCGCGCGGGACUCUGUCCAUCACCACCUCCGAGAUCUACUUUGAGGUGGACGAGGAUGACCCUGCCUUCAAAAGAGUCGACCCAAAGGUGUUGAUGUAUACUGAUGGCUUGCAUGGGAAGUGGAUGUUCAGUGAGAUCCGGGCUGUUUUUUCCAGACGUUUCCUUCUACAGAACACUGCCAUGGAGGUCUUCAUGGCUAACAGAACCUCCGUUAUGUUCAACUUUCCCGACCAGGCCACAGUAAAAAAAGUGGUCUAUUGUCUUCCUCGUGUAGGCGUAGGAACCAGCUAUGGACUUCCACAAGCCAGGCGUAUCUCCCUGGCAACCCCUCGGCAGCUUUUCAAAUCUUCCAACAUGACCCAGCGCUGGCAGAGAAGAGAGAUCUCCAACUUUGAGUAUCUGAUGUUUCUCAACACCAUAGCUGGGAGGACAUAUAAUGACCUGAACCAGUACCCAAUCUUUCCCUGGGUACUUACCAACUAUGACUCCGAGGAGCUGGACUUGACCCUUCCCGGGAACUUCAGAGAUCUCUCCAAGCCUGUUGGUGCAUUGAAUCCAAAGCGUGCAGCAUUUUUCUCUGAACGCUAUGAGACAGGAGAAGAUGACCAGUCACCUCCGUGUCAUUACAAUUCCCACUACUCCACUGCUGCUGCAACUCUGCAUUGGCUUGUCAGAAUUGAACCCUUCACUACGUUCUUCCUCAGUGUCAACAAUAACAAAUUCGACCAUCCUGAUCGCACAUUCUCUGCCAUCACACGGUCUUGGAGAAACUGUCAAAGAGACACGUCGGAUGUAAAAGAAUUGAUUCCUGAGUUCUACUAUCUCCCAGAGAUGUUUGUUAACAGCAACGGCUACCAUUUAGGAAUGAGGGAAGAUGGGAACAUGAUCUGUGAUGUGGACUUACCAGCCUGGUCCAAGAAGCCUGAAGACUUUGUACGGAUAAACAGGAUGGCCCUGGAAAGCGAGUUUGUGUCAUGUCAGCUGCAUCAGUGGAUUGACCUUAUUUUCGGCUACAAACAGCGAGGGCCAGAAGCAGUGCGUGCCCUCAACGUAUUUCACCACCUGACUUAUGAGGGCUCCGUCAGCCUGGACAGUAUUGCUGACCCUUUGCUCAGAGAGGCCACGGAGGCGCAGAUCCAGAGCUUUGGACAGACGCCAUCUCAGUUGCUUAUCGAGCCACAUCCUCCACGCAGCUCCGCCAUGCACCUGAGUCCUCUUAUGUUCAAGGACCAGAUGCAGCAGGAUGUCAUCAUGGUGUUAAAGUUUCCAUCCAAUUCGCCUGUAACGCAUGUGGCUGCCAACACCCUGCCCCAUCUGACUAUACCAGCUGUGGUCACCGUCACCUGCAGCCGACUAUUUGCCGUCAAUCGAUGGAAUAACACUGUCGGUCUCCGAGGAGCACCAGGCUAUUCUCUGGAACAGGCUCAUCACCUCCCUAUAGAGAUGGAUUCUCUGGUUGCCAACAAUACUGGCAGCAACAAGCGCCAGAUCACAGACCUAGUGGACCAAAGCAUCCAAAUCACCACACACUGUUUUGUGGUGACAGCUGACAACCGCUACAUCCUGGUGUGUGGCUUCUGGGACAAGAGCUUCCGAGUGUACUCCUCUGAGACAGGAAAGCUGACCCAGAUCAUUUUUGGCCACUGGGAUGUGGUGACAUGUCUUGCCCGAUCAGAGUCUUAUAUCGGAGUUCACGCACAGCUAUGGGUCCUGGGAAUGACAAUGCAGCCCAGGUCCUGGUCUCUAAGCAAAUUGUGCUUUUUUAUUAAACUAUAUCGAUUGACUUUAAUGAUAGUGUGCAUGUCUCAUACCUUAGGUGACUACCCCGCACCACGAGCAGUUCUGACUGGUCACGAACAGGAAGUUGUAUGUGUGUCGGUCUGUGCAGAGCUGGGACUUGUCAUCAGUGGAGCAAAAGAGGGUCCAUGUCUGGUCCACACCAUAACCGGGGACCUGCUGCGGGCCCUAGAAGGACCAGAAAACUACCAGUGCCCACGGCUCAUCUCAGUGUCCAGUGAGGGUCACUGCAUCAUCUGUUAUGAGAGAGGCCACUUCUGCAACUUCAGCAUAAAUGGAAAACUGCUGGCACAGAUGGAGGUCAAUGACACCAUCAGGGCAAUACUCCUAAGCAGUGAUGGACACAACCUUGUGACAGGUGGAGACAAUGGCGUGGUGAAAGUAUGGCAAGCUUGUGACUUCAGACAACUCUACAUCUACCCUGGCUGUGAUGCAGGCAUCCGUGCCAUGGAUCUAUCACAUGAUCAAAGGACAUUGAUCACUGGCAUGGCUUCUGGCAGCAUUGUGGCAUUUAACAUAGAUUUCAAUAGAUGGCACUACGAGCAUCAAAACAGGUACUGACCAGAUGAAAAUUUCCAGCAUAAGGACUGUUUGAAGGAUUGAUAAAUUAAAAACCUGCCAACCUGUGAGAGGACUGCACAUAAAAGGAUCCAAAAUGAGGAGUGGGAUGUGUCGGCAGGAGAACCUCAGAAACCUUGUCUUUUUGUCUUCAUCUGACCUCAGAGGCAACCACAGUGUGAUGCAUCUGCAGCUGUACAAUCUGGACACAUUGUUUUAUCAUGGUACCUAAGCACCAGCUAAAGUCCCCUCCAGCUGAGUUAAGGGGAACUGUUCUCAAUAAUAAGGAACGGAGGUAAAAUACGCACACAAAUGUAUACAUGUUCCCUUUUAAACUAUUGGGGGGAAAAAAAACAAAAAGCAUAUCACCUGUUCACACCUUUCAGAUAUUUGGAACAUGUUUCAAGAAAAAACUAAAUCCUGGCAGUGUACAAUUGUAAACCUAAAAUAAAAAAAUAAAAACUGUGGGGCAGGCCAAUUUAAUAAAAUGCUAUCAUGCAAUAUUUGUUGGAAACAUGGAUAAAGAAGCCGUUUGCUCCCAAGCAGAGGUUAAGUGUAUGUGAAAAGACUAAAUGUUCAUAUUUGUUGUUCGUCAAUAUGGAAUGGUGAGUUUUAAUGUAAUCUUAGUCCUUUGUGAUAAAUGUUUUUGAUAUGCAACAACACUUAAAUGUCACAUUGCAUUAUUUAUUAUUUUUCUGUUACCAUAAGUUUGAUUAUUGUAUGCAUUACAAAGCAUUUUUCUGUAAAUGGAGCAAGAGGAUUAUAAGCCAGUUUUGGUAGACAGUAUCUUUUACAGUUUGUAGUAAAACCGUAACAUUUCUGAAAAGUAUAAUUUUGUAAACAUGUCAGUAGUACGUUAGGAAUCAAUUAUUCAAAACCAUUGUGUUUUUGUUGUACCAUAAGUAUGUACAUUCAUAAACUGCACUUACUGUCAAUUUAUGCUCUCAUAAGCAACAUUUUAUUUGUAUCUAAAGAAGAUUAAGGAAUUUAGUAUUCAACACCCUUUAUUGGUAAAGCAGAUAAAAUGUGUUUAUUUCAGCAUGAUGAUCAAAGCUAUUGAAGCAUUUCUAUGCGUUGUUCAUCGAUUAGAUGAACAAAAAUAUGCAAAUGUUUUUAUAAACACAGGUCCAAAAUAAAAGCAUU